UUCAUCAUCCUACCGCUAGAGGCGCUGCAGCACAAGACGCUCGCCCCCUUCGCAGUCCUCCUCACGGCAUUCCACAGCUGACGGAUUCCGAGGGAUGAGAGAGGGAUGCUAAGGAAAUGUUUCCCUUCAGCGCGGAACCCGGACUACCGUGAACCUCAGCAGACAGCGGAAUGUGACUGAGAUAUCGCGGGCGAAGCGCGUCAACCAGGUGAUGCCAGUAGAGCGGGAUGGACAGAUAUCAUCGCAACGGUUACAGUAGCUAAGAUGGCACAUUUUAGGAUUGUAAUCUGUUGAAAUAGAAAGUAAACAUCUGUUAUCUGCAUCAAUAUAUAUUGAAGACGGACUCCACUCUUGACCUUUAGACCACGUCACAUCUGCCAGCAAUAUGUUGGGUUAAGAUACUCAGAGGUCUUCGAUCUUUGACACUUCAGUCUUUAAGUGUUUCUCUGGAAGACCAGGCUUUAGUAUUGUUGGACUGCUGAAGAGGCUUUCAUCAAGAUGUUCACUGCUCUGAAGAAGCUGGUGGGUUCUGAAGCAGGGCAGCUCAGGGAUAGAAAUAUCCCUGCAGGCCUGCAGUCCAUGAACCAGAGUCUACAGAGGCGUUUCGCCAAGGGCGUGCAAUAUAACAUGAAAAUAGUCAUCCGUGGGGACAGAAACACGGGUAAAAGUGCACUUUGGCACCGACUUCAAGGGAAAAAGUUUCUGGAAGAGUACAUCCCCACGCAGGAGAUCCAGGUCACCAGCAUUCACUGGAACUACAAAACAACAGAUGAUGUAGUGAAAGUUGAAGUCUGGGAUGUGGUAGAUAAAGCAGGGAAAGGGAAAAGACGCGGAGAGAAUCUGAAAUUGGAAAACGAACCUCAGGAGUCAGAAACCGAGGUGGCUCUCGACGCAGAGUUCCUGGAUGUUUAUAAGAACUGUAAUGGCGUGAUCAUGAUGUUCGACAUCACCAAACAGUGGACGUUCAACUACAUCCUUAGGGAGUUGCCAAAAGUGCCAACACAUAUCCCAGUGUGUGUGCUGGGUAACCAGCGGGACAUGGGCGAGCACAGGGUCAUCUUACCCGACGACAUCAGAGACUUCAUCAACAGUCUUAACAGACCUCCAGGCUCCUCCUACAUCCACUAUGCUGAGUCCUCCAUGAAAAACGGCUUUGGUCUCAAAUACCUCCAUCGCUUCUUCAACAUCCCAUUCCUGCAGCUGCAGAGGGAGACUCUGUUACGGCAACUGGAGACAAAUCAGCUUGACAUCGAUGCCACGUUAGAGGAGCUCAAUGUUCAGCAGGAGACUGAGGACCAGAACUAUGACAUAUUUCUUGAGAUGAUGGAGUCACGCAAAGCUUACGGCUCUCCGGCGCCCUCUAAUGGCCAGAGCCCGUCCUCGGGCUCCCAGUCCCCUGUGGUUAUCCCCGGUGCUGCAUCUCCCAGUAACUCCAGCCCCAGUACCCCACAAGCCCCUGUCCCACUCCAGACCCAGUCCGCCCCUCCACCACCUCCAUCUAUACCACACCCUCCCGCACAGAUCACAGCCACCCAGGGACCCCAGACACCAUCACAAACCCUGGAGCCCUCACCCACAGCACCUCCUCCUGCCCAGAAACGAGGCUUCAUGUCACGCCUGUUCGGAUCAUCUGCUGCAGAGCCGUCACCGGACAAACCAGAAACUGCAGGUUCUGAAGGCCCGAAGUCCUCUGGAAAGGUGCAGUGUGUGGAUGACUUUGUGCCGGAGGUGGGUCUGGACAGGACCUUUCUGGAAGAUGGUGGAACAGCAGCUGCUAAAUCAAAGAAAAAACCUCCAGCAUCAGCUCCCAUCCUGGACAGUGAUAGUGAUGGAGAGGGACGGGGAAAUCCUCUGGUCUCCGGCUUCCAGGAUGAUUUAGAUCCGGAUGAUAGAGCGCUGUCCCAGCCUGCCGUUAAAGCGGCGGUCCCGAGCAUGGGCGUCACACUCACGAGUGAUGAUGAGGAGGAAAGUUCAUCUCUGCCCUCUGCUGCCCAGCACAAAGGCCUCGGCUCGGGGCCAAACUCAAAGGGAUCUACAGUGAAUUCUGUCAAACAGCUGCAAACCAAGCCAAAACCAGCAGAGAGACCCCAAAGCCUGAAAACCACAGCAGGACCUGCAGUGCAGCGACCAGGCCUGAAGACAGGAGGCGCUGUUCAGGCCAUCUCAGAUUCAGACCAAGAGACUCCAGUUGCUCAUCAGAUCAUUUCAUUUGUCAUGGACGACCCUGAUCUAGAGAACGAAGAGCUUGACAUACCUAAUAUCAAGAAGGGCACUUUUUCUGCACGAGAUGACUUAUCUGACCGGUCGGAUGAUGGGUUUGUGUUAGCUGGACUCCCGGAGCCCUCCAAACCUGCUGCCCCCUCAUUGAAGACCCUCAACAGCAACAUUGACCUGUUCGGCCUGGGAUUUGAAGAGAUGACCCCUAAUAGUAAAGACAGCAGUGAAGACCAGGAAGAUAAUGAAAGCAGACACUCCACAAAGGACAAGAAAAAGAAGAAAAAGAAAAGCAAAGAGGAGGAGGAGAAAAGCAGCAAGAAACGACACAAACACAAGAAAAAGGAAAAAGAUGACGUGGGAACAGGAGACGAGAAAGAAAAGAAGAAGAAGAAAUCAUCAAGGACCAAGAAAGCAGGAACUGUGGACGAUCUUGAGGCCUUCCUGGCGGGUGGAGACGGACCGGGAAACAUUGAGGGCGGAGACUAUGAAGAACUCUAACCAAUCAGGGUUUGACAUCCACACCGUGUGACAUCGCCAGGUCAUUUUCCAGUCUAUUCCACUUGUUGUUCAGUGCCUGACCUUUCAGAUUUUCAGUGUUUUUGUUCUUCCAGCAUUGCAGCUGUAUAAAUUGGUAUGUGGCACCGUUGUCCACAUCAUGCCGUUUUCUAAAGUGUAUCAGUAUUUUCAGACCUGUAACUUUUAGAUGCGUUUUUCUGAGACAGAUUCUGUUAUUAACUGAUACAAACUCACUAUGCCGUUCAACAGGGAGGUCAUUUUAGAUUUAUGGGUUUUGUUUGGUGUGUGUCUUUGUCAGUGUGUCUAUAUAUGUGCCCCUGAAAUUUUUGGGCAACUCUGUGUGCUUGCAUUUUUAUUUAGCAAAAAUAUAGAGGGAUUAAUCAGACUUGCAUUCAGAUCUAGCAAACAUAUUUGCCCGCAAUACAAAAGCAGAACUAAUUUCUGUGUCAUACAUUCAAAGAACUGUUCACAUUUGAUUGAAUAUUACCGCUCGCGUUUGUAAACCAUUCUUGCAUAAAUUGUCCCGUGCAAUUAUAUUCAACAAUUAACGGUUUUCAUGAACCGUUUGCACAAAACUUAAUUCUGCAUGUGCUUCAUGAAUGAGACCUGAUAUUUUUUGACGUUCAAUUGUCUUCCAGAUGCUACAUCAUAUUUCAAACCUUUAAAAAUAAUCAGUCGUAACUAGAUUUAAUACCAUAAGCCUCUUUCGCCAUCAGUUUCUUUCCAUUAAUGCCUUCAAUUGUUUUACACUUAAACAUUUUUAAUGAAAAAAAAAUUUCGUUAAUUUUUUUUUUUUUUUUUUUUUUGAAAGCCUUUUUAGAGCAAUCCUAUAACGUUAAUUAAUAACUGAGGCUCUGAUAGAUUGCAAACAUUAACAGAAUUACUGUGAGUUGGAGAGGCGAUCGCAAUCACGUUUGCAAUUACAUAUAUGAUUAAUUAGGACAAAGUCAGUCAGAUUGUCUUUUUGACAACUGUUUAUGCAGUUAGUAGUAUUAUUUAUGAUCUUAACAUGUGUUUCAUAAUCGUAGUCAUAGUUUCAGUUUCUGCUCAGAAUUCUUUGGUUGCCAUGUCCUGUCUGUUAAAUACAUCCGUUUCCAUUGCUGUGUCUUUAUUUUUGUUAUGGCUUGUGUACUUGUUAGUAGUUGUGUGUAAAUCUAGUAUUUUAGAUAUACUCCAGAUCAUUUCAGUGAUGGACAACCAGGAACAUCAUCUCUGGUCCUGUGAUGGCGAGGCACCUCGAAUAUCCUUUAUGUAUGGCCCACUCAUUAAGAAGCGGCUCGUGCAUAAAAAAGUAUGAAUUUCGUAAUUGUGAGUGACAGCCCUGUGUAAAUUACUAAAUGCAACUAAACAGAGCUGAGCUAAAAGUGAUCAAAAUAAUUAGUUCUGCUUGACUUGGUGACCCAAAGAAAAGAAAAUUAUGUUUUAGUGAAAGAUCUAAAAGAUAAAAAACUCUGUUUAUGUAAAUUUGUAAAAUGUUGAGCAUAUAAAGUGGAAGUAAAAUCAUAGUUUAAAUGCACACUUUUAUACUUUGUAAUAUCACCAUAAAUUGGAUAAUAAAUUGGCUGCAAAUGCAAAUCCAUUAAUAUUUUGACGAAUGCAAGUUAUAUAGACAAAUGAUUGUUUACUCGUCAUUCCUAAUAGGCAUCAUUCAUGAAUCCAGAUCAGAAUAGUUUUAAUCAAUGGUUACAUCAAAUUGAAAGUGAAAUAACCAUUUACUGUACACAAACGAUUCAUUCUCAUCGUGUUUCGUGAAUGAAUCCCAGUGUUUACUUCACAAUGCCCCCUUUAUGCUUUUAUUUCAUUAAAUAUUGAUAAAUGAUUACCUAAUAAUUCCAGACAUUCUUUCUCAAGUUGUUCCAUCAAAUCGAAUGAGAAAUGACAAUUUCUGUACAGUUUGAUUCAUUUUGCUUGUGUUUCAUGAAUGAAACCCAGAGUUUACUUGCAAUGCCCCUUUAUGCUUUUUCAUUUGCGUUUAUCAUGUUUUGAUAAAUGAUUAAGCCUACUAAAUAAUUUCAGGAGUUUGUAUUUCAAUUGCUGCAUCAAAAUGAAUGUGAAAUGAUCAUUUACGUAAGAACAGAUUUACCUGUGAUUCAUUUUGCUUGUGUUUCAUGAAUGAAUCCCAUUGUUUACUUGCAAUGCCCCCCAUUUUUGCUCUUGUUAUCAUCAUAUGUUGAUAAAUAACCAAAUCAUUUCAGGCGGGAAUAUAUUAUUCUAAUGAGCUAGAAUGUUGUGGAAUCCGAUUGGCUCCAGCUUAAAUGGAAGAAUGACAUCAUCCAUAGAAUUGUGCACCUCAGACAAAAUGACAAUGUACUUUCUGCCUACGAUGAGAAGGACUUGUUUUCCGUUUGACAGUACUAUGAACAUUCCCCUUGGCAUCAACCUUUGAACUUCCGUUUGUUUCGGUACGGGAUUUCUGUCCACCUGUUUGUAGACUUCCCCUCAGGAUACGCCAUCACCCUGUAGAAACUGGAUAUUGAUUUCUGCCGGUAAAGAUGUUUUCCCAGAAUCCCACAAGGAAUUCAAGGGCAUCCUUGCAGCGAAUAGCCGGUAACUAAAGGUACGUUUAAAGACGUGCAGAUUCCUGUGUGUCUGUUGCGGCAAUCAUCUGCGUCUCUUAUGUGGCUGCAAAUUGGCUCCACACGCGCCACUGAGAGCAUGUGAUGCAUCACGCUGUCACCAUGGAAGCACACGCCUGGGAAAACUGUCUCUACAUGCUCACUGUGAUAAAUAGUCACGCUGUCCUGGAUUUACGAGAACACUGUUAAUACUCUCACCCCAAACCAGCCUGAGGGCAGAAGUGCGCACCUUGAACACAUAUCAACUUCCUUUUUACUCUGCCUCAAGUGUGAUUGACCCUGAAGGGCCCUUGAUUUAUUUAUCUAUUCAUUUGGGAUGCAUAUUUUUUCCCACCACAUGAGAAAAGGAGAUGGGAAAUUAAUGCAUUGGUGCUGCACUAGCUCUUGCUGGCUUUUGUACUGUGUAGCGUUUCACAACUACUGCUUUCAUGGACCGAAAAUGUUUGAGAACACUAGUUUUAAACCGUAUAUUGGUUUUAUUUUAUUCAUGCAGCAUAUAUGCAUUCCAAAGCCUUUGUUUAGAACGGUUGUGUUUGCCUAUUUAUUGUUUUUGCUACCCCGUUUCACUGCCCAAAGUAUUCAUAUUUCAUUUGUGUUUCAGUUGUGUAAUAAAUGCAAGAUAAAUUUUGA